AUGGUCCCGAAGAUGAAGAACAACACCAACAGCGAAGGAAGCCAAGGUUAGUUUAUUUUCUUUGAAAAUCUAGUGAAAAUUCAUGAAAUGUCUGUGAAAUUUUGUCAAAAAUGAAAGAAAAAUCAGAUUUUUUUGUGAAAAAGUCAGGAAAAUUCAAAAGUUUUUGCGCAAAAACCAGCGAAAAAAUGUUUGAAUUCGAAAGAUUUCAUUGACAUGUUUAGAAAAAAGGCGGGAAAUUUAGAAAUUUUGAAUUCUCUGAACAAUGCUGAUUUUCGAAAUAUUUCGAAAUGUUUCGAAAAUCACCAAUUUCAUUUUUGGAGAGAUGUGAAUCUUGAUUUGUCUUUAAAACGUAUUUUAGUGUUUAGAAAUGUCAUCUCAAGCUUUUUCAAUAAGUUCAAAAUACAAAUCAAGACUUCAAAUUCAAAUUGUUGAUUUUCGAAAUGUUUCGAAAAUAUUCGAAAAUCACCAAUUUCAUUUUUGGGGAGAUGUGAUUCUUGAUUUGUCUUGAAAACACAUUUUAGUGUUUAAAAAUGACAUUCCUUCUAAUUUCUAAACCAUAGCGAACGAUUUUUGGGCAUUUCUCGAUCAUAUUCACUUACUUAAUCUUUCAGAAUCCUCAGAUUCGGAUUCUGGCAGCGCCAUCACCCAAUCAGAAUUAAUUUUCGAUAAAUUGUCGCCGGAUCAAAUGCGACUUUAUCUCAAAAUUCAAGCAACUCAGAGAGGGAUUCAAAUUGAUGUGGAAAAGGUUGGUUGUUUGAAAUCUUUUUCAAUUGAAAUAUCAAAAUGAAAACCAUUUUUCAGGCGUUCCAUCAGAUUGACAGAUUGCAUCGGAUUUUGAAACAGGGUACCACUCUUGGAACAAGUUAA